AUGGCGUACGUCGAGUCCGUCGGGGAGACGUUCGCUCGACAGCUCGCCGACAAUUCGGCAUGUCACCAGACGGGACUGUGGUGUUUUUUCGCGACAGCUGGUCAACUGUUGCAGGUGUUGAACAUGUCGAAGCGCGAGCUCAAGGAGCAAGCCCUUCGUAUGGAGAGAUCGCGGCGGGAGAAGCACCCUCGCAGCCGUGGGGUAGAUCCUGUAAUAGUCAACCUGUUCCGGCAGGAGGACAAGGGUCACUACUUUUACCACGACGACGAAGACGAUAGCACCCCAUCUGCGCCUGGUGACGACGUGGCCAACCAAGGGGAUGACGUCACGGAGGAGGGGGGCGAUGCGACAGAGGAGAUGCCCGACGUUGAGUCGCAGGUUCAGAAUUCGGAGUCGGAAGCUCCCAUGGGCGAUGAGGAGGCGGUCUUGGGUGCACCGGAGGUGACGCUGAGAACAGCACUGGAACCGUCAGCUACGGCUUCAUUUUCGACCGAUGGAGCAAGGGAUGGCAGGUUUGUCUGCGAUGGCGAGGCCAUAUUUGCAGCGGGAGAGGCGGGUAUGAUGUCCGACGAGAGGCAUACAGCGGUAGCUGCGGUUGUCAAUGCAGUGGUUGGCGAAACAGCGGCUACCGAUGAGCCAACAGGCGCGGGGUUCUCGGUCGACACCUCCCCCGAGGACCCUGAGAGGGUGAAUACGAGGGACGGGAAGCCGGCCGAAGACCGGGGCCAGCAGGUUUCCAGACCGGAACCAGGUGUGGUCGCGGACGUGUCGAACUUCUGCAGCUGGCAGGAGCUGGUACUCGACUUCGUGACCGGCACCCCGUUGCCGCCGCCCUCGUCCCCGUUAGGCAAGGGUGCACCACAACCCGUCAUGGUCAACACGUUCCGGCAGGACAAGGAUGACAAUCCACCCGACGACGCCACAGCAUCCGUCGCUCGGCACCACGUGGGCGACGCAGCGGCUAGCGACGCAGCGGCAGCGGAAGCAGCGUUGUUGACGUGGCCCAUUUCACCAGAGCCGACUGGUACGGGGUUCUCGAUCUCUCCCUUGACCUGGGACCCUGAGAGCGCGAGUUUGUCGUAUGCGCAGUCCGUCUCGCAAGGGGGCGACCGGGGCCAACAGCUGCCACGCGCGGAAGCGAACGGGGUCGUGCACGAGGCGGACUACUCCUGCAGCUGGGAAGAACUGGUGCUCAACCUAGUUCGGGAUGACGAUAAAUGUAUCCACGUGACGGCGCGCACCAGUGGUCUCGGCUGGAUGUGGCUAGCGGUUGCCGCAUUGCGCCCAUUGUGGAAUAUUCCAGCGUCGCUGUCGGUGGUAUCUGGCAUGUUUCUAAUGCUACUACACCUUCGCAGCGUCCGUCCGAGAGCAGCAGCUCGCGUCGCCGAAGGUCGAAUUGCAGGAAGUGCACUGAUCAGAGGAGCUGGAGAAAGGAGAGCAGGCCGUGCGAGCCGUGCGAUGCUAUUCGUAUCGCUAAACCUCGACAGCGACGGCGAGACCUGGGCCAGAUUGAUGGCGGUCUAUCGGUUUGUACUCUCCACAGGUGGAACGGUUCCCCGCGGAGAUGGACCGGGCGAGGGGUAUGUCUUGGGGGACCUUGAGGUGGACAUCAGGAGCUCCGGCUCGACAGAUGUGGGACGGUGGCUGACCUUCUUCCAGUCCGACACUGUCCGGAACGUCUUGGAGGAGGCGUUUUCUAGUAUCACCGCGUCCUGGACCCACGAUGCCGGUGUGCGUCGGUCCGGCAUCAUGCCCCUUGCCGGACAGCGCCAGGACCUGCAUGCCUGGUUGACGGACAACUUCCCGGUUGCUGCUGCCGUUCCCGCUCCCCGAUUGCUUGCGGCGGAUCCUAUCUCGACGCGCGCGAGCGGAAGCGGACGGGUGCCGGCGGUCCGAGACUGGACCCCUGCCUCAAGCCCAGGAGUGGUGCGGGGAUACGACACGACCCGGAACAGGGCGCGCAGGUAUUUCGCCAGGGCGCCGGAAUGGGCGGCCAUCGGGGAAGAAACUGCUGCCGCAGCGGCAGGGCCAGCCAGCACACCCCAGCAGCAGCAGGAGGUCGUGCCUUUGGCAGGGACACAGAUGCCCUCCGCACAGCAGUCACCAGCACGAGCAGCACCAGUGGUGACAAGCGAGACCGCACGGGUCUCGGGUAGGUCUAGCCCGUCGCCGAAGCCCUCCCCUGCGGUCACCCUGCCGUCCCGCGGGCGCGCGUCAGCAGCCGCAGUCGUCACGAAUGGGGUAGGCGCCGACGCAUCUGGCUUGGAGGAAGCGAACGGUGUACGGGUCAUCACGGCGGCAGCCGCAGCGGGACCUCCCGCUCGUGCCAGUGGUCUGAGGGCUCCGGCUAGUGCUGGUGCUACUGCUGGUGGUGAUCUCGCUACUGCUGGGUCGGCGUCGGGGCCGGGGGUGGCUUUCACUAUGGAGACUGGCGAGGUCGUGCUUGUGGUCGAGCCGCGCAGCACCUCUGUGUCCCAGUCGGCGGUAUCAGCAGCACCAGCAGCGGCGGCGGCGGCGGCGGCGACGGUUGUCGCUGGGCUUGCGGUGGCGAGCGAUGGGAGUGCUGCCUCUUCCCCGCUCACCGGCGCUGGAGGUAUCGCCGGAGACCGCCGCAAGAAGGCGUGGCAGGCGCGAAAGGCGGCCAGGUCGGUUUCCGCAAUUUUUUCGGAGCAGCCCAGUCGGCGCCAAGGGAAGCGCGAGGCGAAGCGCCAAGAAGAGUGCCGGGCGAAAGCCGGCAGGGAGAGGCGAUCGCCUGCUGUCCAACCCGGUGCCGAACACGGCAACUCCUCGACAACCGUGACUGCUGCUAUUGGCGGUAGUGGAAACGCGGUACCUACCGCUGUGCGAAGCAAGACGCUUGGCCGGCCCGCCGGACGCCCGGAGGACCUCGCCAUUUCGGCUUUGAACAGAGUCAGGAGGCAAGGGGGCGCGAGAGGAGCGACCAAGGGUCAAAGGUCCUCCAACAAGAACGCUGCCGGGUUUGACAAAGGGGGGGGCUCGGGUGCGAAGGGGGCGGCCUCUCCCGAGCCGCACGCUCGCCAAGAGGAGCGGGGAGACGUUAAGGUCCGCAAGUUCACGCUGCAGGAGUGGAGGGAGGAGAACGAGGGGGCAGAGAAGAAGGAGGAGGAACAGAGGGAGAAGGAGGAAGAGAACGGGAAGGAAGAGGGCACGGAAAGGGUGAAUGGCAGGCCUGCCUCGCCUCAGGCACCCUCCGGUGUUUCCGACCAAGGAGCGACCCACGCUGCCGCCUCGACUGAUUCCGAGGGAAGAUGCUACGACAAGGAGGUAGCGUUGUCCAAGAAGCUACUGUCCUUGAAGGAAGCAGAGUCGUUCUUGGCCUUGAACGUGCCUGGCGUCGAGGGCGUGUACUCGAUGGGCCAGACCAUAGGCAUCUCGAUCCGAGGGGACGGCAACUGUUUCUGGACGUCUUGCUGCCUUGCGGUGCUGCUGUGGGCCUUGUGCCAGGACUGCUCACAACAGCUUCAAGACCUUCUUGCCCGUUACAGGGCUAUUCGCCGGGGUAGCCGUGCGCACGAUGCGCUGUCGCUCGACAUGAAGGAUAAUGUAAGAAGGUUCGUUUCCUUCGUGGAGAUGCUUCUUGACUUGAAGACGACGGGCAUCUCCAAGCCGGCUCUGGUGGGUACCCUUGUGCGCUCUCUCUCGAAACGAACCGAGCGGAGGCAUGAGGGCACUUUCAACGCGCCCCUGUUCAAGGGCAUGGUCCUCGCCACCAGGAUCGCAGCCAUGGUGUUCAAGGUACCGUCAGCUACGCCCGAAAUCGUGGACGGUUUCGCCACGGUGUCCAACUACACCACAGGUGACAUGUUCGACCUCAGGCCGUGCGAAUUUCUGGGGGUUCGCGCCGGCCUUGUGGCUGAGUACCUUGACCCCGACGGCGAUCUCCAAACAAUGCUGUGCAACGAUGAAACCAGGAAGAAAUGGGGUUGUUUCGGGCCUGUUUCGACCGACCUUCCCCUUGCCGACGGCAUCGCUCUUCGGAAGGGUGCUCUGCCACACUUUGAUCUGCGGAUUGAAACUUGCUCCAGAGUUGGCAUCGCCCUAGCUGGUGCGUUGAAACUCCCGCAGCUUACGAACGAGGACGGCGAAAAGGAGCUCCGUCGGCGCUUGACGCUGGAGACUGAGUCCCAGGUAGAGUUAACGUUGCUCUCAAGAAUUUUAGAUUUGCGUUCUCCACCCCCUGUAACAUGUAACAUGUACAGUAGUGAAGGGAAAACGCGAGGUACCAGGUGAGCGCUUCAUGCAGGAGUGCCCCGCACGCAUAGGUAUGUUGACGGAAGGUUGACAUCAUAUCCCAGCCCGUUACCUAGCGGUGCUGCCCCUGCUUUCCAGAGUUUGCGUACGUACGUAAGCCAUCCACGUUGUCGACGGGUUCCCCUCCUCCGGUGGCAGGAGUACUGUAUCCCAAGCCCGGGGGGUACUCACUCUCAUUGGCACUCGCCUUCCCCUCACACAGGUUAUCGUUCCUCCCGGAGGGUGCCCAACGUGCUCGUGGCACAUCCCGGAGGCGGUGGUGAAAUGCAAAAUGUGUAACACACCAGUGCCGACCGGUUUCGUGUACACUCCGGAUUCGUGAGUGUUGCGGAUCCGGCAGAGGAGGUGGAGGUGGUGGCGGUAGCAACGCCGGGGGGGUGUGGGUGGGGGAUCUGGCAGCGGGGGGGGCUGAGGUAGCACCACCCACCAACGAGUGAUGGUGCCCUUGGUAUUGCGAAUGAUGUUUAAUUUAUUUGUUGUGUUUGGUUUGCCGUUUACGUGUGACGACGUCGAGGGCACCACCGGAACACUCAUGCAUGCGAGGAACCAUAGGCUUUGGGUGGGUAGGGUGGUUUUGGACGACCCGUACGUGUUGGAAAUUGGACCGUUGGACAGCAGUCUUUGAAAGUGCGAUGCCUUCGGAGCUUUGCAAUCUGACUCUUUCUCAGGUGACUCUUGUAUCUUUUUUUGCUGUAUUUGAUACCAUGAUACCAGGUAUUCCUGGUUAGUGUUGUCCCACUACUGUAGAUUUGCUAAAGGGGGACUCAGUGGUGAAUGUCAUGAAAGCCUCGUUGCGUGAGUGUCGUAGAAGGAGAGGAGCCGGGUGCGUGCUGCGAGGCCAAAAGUACUCGAACGAUCGCAAGGCUUGCAUUUUUUUUCGUGCCGUCUUGUCACGGUCCUCUGUCGUCGAAGUCGACGUGAACGCUGUUGCUCCAACCUUACGCGGACAUAAAGCGAGACGGUGGUUCUUCCCGGCUUAUGGCUUGUAUGACGAG